AGUGGGUAUGCCUGUAAUUGGAAUACGUCAGCAUCACAGCACCACGAAUUAUGGAAAAAAGAAAUCAGAAAAACAGUUUGUUUUCAGCUUUUAUGUGCUUUGGGACAGUACAAUUUUAUUCCGAAGGUGCUAGCAUAAAAAACAGAUAAGUGUUACUUUGGACUUUGAUCCUUAAAAAUUUUAUCGCACGCUGUGAUUGGAACUGUGUUAAUGACGUGUGCGGCCAAGAAAUCAAAGUCUGUACAUACAUUAGUUCACUGAUAGAUUGAAGAAUAGCGCCCAGCAGCUACAUAUUCCCAAAAGUGAGUUAAGUGACAUAAUAUUGCGAAGAAAAAAGUACGUCUUCUAGAAUAGCUUCAGAAAAAUGUCAGAAAAUGUUAGUCCUAUCAAAUAUUUUCUUUCGGGAGGAUUCGGUGGUAUUUGUACCGUUUUGGCGGGACAUCCGUUAGACACGAUAAAAGUUCGAUUACAAACCAUGCCAUUACCACUUGAAGGACAAGUUCCACUGUAUGCCGGAACAUUAGAUUGCGCUAAAAAAACUAUUCGCAAUGAGGGCUUUCGUGGUUUGUAUAAAGGUAUGUCGGCGCCUAUAGCCGGAGUAGCUCCCAUAUUUGCAAUGAGUUUUUUUGGAUUUGGAGUGGGGAAAAAACUACAGCAAAGAACUUCUGAUGAAGAACUGAGUAACAUGCAACUUUUUGCGGCGGGAGCAUUCUCUGGUAUAUUUACAACAACAGUAAUGGCACCGGGAGAACGAAUUAAGUGUCUUUUGCAAAUCCAACAGGGCGGAAAUUCUCCACAAAAAUACAACGGCAUGGUUGAUUGUGCAAAACAACUUUAUGCUGAAGGGGGAAUCCGUAGUAUUUACAAAGGAUCUUUCGCCACAUUAUUGAGAGAUGUUCCUGCAUCCGGAAUGUAUUUCUUAACAUACGAAUAUGUAAAAAAAGCUUUAGCUCCAAAGCGAAACGAAAAACAAGACGCAGCGAUUGGUUUACUAGGAACAAUUUUCGCCGGAGGAAUGGCAGGUAUCGCGAAUUGGGCAAUAGGAAUGCCAGCGGAUGUGCUUAAGUCACGUUUACAGACAGCACCCGAAGGAAAAUACAAGAACGGUAUUCGAGAUGUGUUCAAGGAACUAAUGAAAAACGAAGGUCCAUUGGCACUUUACAAAGGGGUGACACCGGUAAUGCUGCGAGCUUUUCCAGCUAACGCUGCUUGUUUUAUAGGAUUUGAAGUGUUUAUGAAUUUUUUGAACUGGAUUGCACCAAACAUGUAGUGGAUUAUCAACGUGCACAUGCAUGUGAAUAGUUGAUAAGGUGAAGGUUAUAAUGGCAUGCAACCAAUAUGUAAAAAGUGUUUCAACACAAAUAUUUUAAAAUUAGUGCCGGAUCUAUUAUGUAAAAAUAGAAAAAAAUUUAUAUAAAAAAAUAUAUUUUACACAAUA